AUGUCACGAUCGCUCGAGCUCACCACCAACGAAAAGAACUUUCUCCACACCGCCCUCAAGAACAACCUACGUCUAAACGGCAGAACACCAACACAAUUGCGCCCCAUCAACAUUGAACUCUCCCCGCUGGAAUACGGUUACGUCGAAGUGUCACUAGGCUCAUCCAAGAUUUCCGUGCGCAUAUCAGCACAGAUAGUGAAACCCUACGAAGACAGGCCGUUUGAAGGCAUCUUUGUCAUCAACUCGGAAAUCUCGCCGAUGGCAUCGCUCAAAUUUGACACGACUCGGGCCCAGCAGCAAGAUGAAAUUUUAAUCUCGCGCAUAAUCGAAAAGAGCAUACGAAGAUCGAAUGCGUUGGAUCUAGAAAACUUGUGUAUUGUUGCGGGCGAAAAGUGCUGGGAGAUUGUGGCAGAUUUGAACUUCUGGAACUACGACGGCAAUUUUGUCGAUUUGGGGUGUUUUGCUACUAUGCUUGCAUUACUGCAUUUCAAAAAACCAGAUAUCUCGAUCGGCUCAAGCGGUGGUGGUGGUGGCGGUGGCAACAGGAUCGUGGUUCACGAUUUCAAUGAAAGACAGCCGGUGGGGUUGAGUAUAUUGCACGUGCCGAUUUGUUUAACGUAUUCUUUUUACAAUUUGAGCUCGAAGGAAGUCAACAUCAAAGGUGGCGAUGUUGUCGAAGAGGAAAGUGGCGACGCUAGCUCGGAAUGGGACGCCAAUGAAGUGUGCUUGCUCGAUGCCGAUGCCGUGGAAGAAACGUUCCGGGACGGAUCCAUUACUAUUACCUUGAAUAAGAAUAGAGAAAUUAUCCAAUUGAGUAAAAACGGUGGAGUUCCUAUCGAUGCUCAGCAAUUGAUUGAAUUGUGUUAUCUGCUGAUGUCGCAUAUCGACAAAUUGACCGACUUGAUCAAGACCAAGAUUAAAGAAGAUGAAGCUAGGCGGUAUCAAUUGGAGAAUUUCAAAUUGUUGGAAAGCAGCGCCGAUAGGUGA